GAGGGCGCCCCGCCUCUGUGUGAUAUGCACCCAAUGAGAGCUCUCUUCCUCAUCCCACGAAACCCGCCUCCCAAACUCAAGUCCAAGAAAUGGUCGAAGAAGUUCAUUGAUUUCAUCGAGAGCUGCCUGAUAAAGAGCUACACGAGCCGCUCCUCCACCGAGCAGCUGCUGAAGCACGCCUUCAUCCGGGAGCAGCCCACCGAGAGGCAGGUCCGCAUCCAUCUCAAAGAACACAUCGACCGCACACGGAAGAAACGGGGCGAGAAGGAGGAGACGGAGUACGAGUACAGUGGCAGCGAGGAGGAGGAGGAGAGCCAUGGAGAGGAAGGGGAGCCCAGCUCCAUCCUGAACGUUCCCGGGGAGUCGACGCUGCGCCGGGAUUUCCUGCGGCUGCAGCAGGAGAAUAAGGAGCGCUCGGAGGCCCUGAAGAGGCAGCAGCAGCAGCAGCAGCUGGGAGCCCAGAGACGAGACCCAGAGGAGCACAAGAGACAACUCCUACACGACAGACAGAAACGCAUCGAGGAGCAGAAAGAGCAGCGCAGGAGACUGGAGGAGCAACAGCGCACGGAGCGUGAGCUGGCGAAGCAGCAGGAGAAGGGCCCGCAGCAGAGGCGACUCGAGGACAUGCGCCGCGAGGAGGAGCGGAGACUGGCAGACAGGGAGCAGGAGUACAAGCGAAAGCAGGUGGAGGAGCAGAGGCAGUCAGAGAGGUUGCAGAGGCAGCUGCAGCAGGAACACGCCUACCUGAUAUCCCUGCAACAGCAGCAGCACAAACAGCAGCAACAGCAGCAGCAGCAGCAGCAACAACAAGACAAGAAACCCCAACUCUACCACUACAAGAUCCCCGAGCCCAGCAACAAGCCCGCCUGGGCCAGAGAGGUGGAGGAGCGCUCGAAGCUCAACAGGCAGGACUCUCCCUGCUCCAAGCCCAAGAUGGGCUCCACCGUGUCCGACCCUGCCCUGCAGUCGCGCUCCGAGACCGGCCAAUCAGGGGCCGCGCAGGCAGCCCAGACUCCGCCCAUGCAGCGCCCCGUGGAGCCACAAGGGGGCCAGAGCAAGUUCCAGAUGGCUCACCUGGUCCCCCUCAAGCCCUACGCUGCCCCAGUCCCUCGCUCCCAGUCUCUCCAGGACCACCCCACCCGAAACCUGGCCGCCUUCCCCACUCAGGAACCCUCCACGCCCUCCCCCACCCCCUCCCACCGCCGCACCCCGUCCCGAGGAGACAUGGUGCGCCAGAACUCCGACCCCACCCCCGAGGGCCCCGCCCCCCUGCCCCGGCCAAUCAAGGACGAGAACGGCCCCUGGGUCAGGAUCCAGGAGGCGGAGCAACCCCCCAAGGUUCCCCAGAGAACGACUUCCAUCGCCACUGCCCUGAACAGCAGCCUCUCCACAGGAAACAGGCAACCAGCGAGAGCAAGUAAUCCAGAUCUGCGGAGGAACGAGGGAUGGGAGAGGGGGGACAGCCUGGCCUCUGUGUCUAACCUGCCCCAGACAGGCUCUCUGGAGCGCCAUCGUGUGGCGGUUCCCAGUAAGCUGGACAGUUCUCCGCUCCUCUCUCAGGACAGCAGGGUGAAGCCGGAAGAGUCACGCACCACCUCCCGCCCCGGCAGACCAGCGAGCUAUAAAAGAGCAAUAGGAGAGGAUCGCGGGCUGUUCCCCAAAGAAAAGCCGGAGGACGGGCCUCGCCCCCCAGUGAAGGUCAUGGACUACUCUUCAUCGAGCGAGGACUCGGGAGAGAGCAGCGAGGAGGAGGAGGAGGGGGAGGAGAGAGGAGAGGAGAGCCGAGAGCGGCUGCGCAGGGGGAGGGAUGGUGACAGCGACAGUGUCAGCACCAUGGUGGUGCACGAUGAGGAGGAGCCCCCCCACGUCAACACGAGCAGCGACUUCGGAGAGCAGACCCUCCUGCUGCAGAGAACCCCCGAGGAGCAGCGCAGUCACAAUGGAUACACAAACCUGCCAGAUGUAGUACAACCUGGACACUCCCCGACCGACCCCAAGAGUCAGGGGGCUUCCCCCAGCAAGGAGGGGGGCUACGACUACCAGUCCCGUGGUCUAGUCAAGGCUCCUGGAAAGGCCUCCUUCACCACCUUUGUUGAUCUGGGGAUGUACCAGUCACAGGGGGGCGCUAUGGAGGGCGUCUCAGUCGGGGGUUUCAUUGGGGGGGAGGCCUCGCGCUUGGAGCAGCUGAAGUUCGAGGUGCGGAAGGGCUCCAUGGUUAACGUGAACCCCUCAAACACGAGACCCCACAGCGACACCCCAGAGAUCCGCAAGUACAAGAAGAGGUUCAACUCGGAGAUACUGUGCGCAGCGCUGUGGGGGGUGAACCUGCUGGUCGGCACGGAGACCGGGCUGAAGCUCCUGGAUCGCAGCGGGCAGGGGAAGGUCUACUCCCUCAUCAACGGCCGACGCUUCCAGCAGAUGGAGGUCCUGGAGGGGCUCAACCUGCUGAUCACUAUAUCAGGUAAGAAGUAUAAGCUGCGUGUGUACUACCUGUCCUGGCUGAGGAAUAAGAUCCUUCACAACGACCCUGAGGUGGAGAAGAAGCAGGGCUGGACCACAGUGGGGGAGAUGGAGGGCUGCGUGCAUUACAAAGUGGUGAAGUACGAGCGGAUCAAGUUCCUGGUGAUUGCUCUGAAGAGCUCGGUAGAGGUGUACGCCUGGGCACCCAAACCCUACCACAAGUUCAUGGCCUUCAAGUCGUUCGCUGACCUGCCCCACCGCCCACAGCUCGUGGACCUGACGGUGGAGGAGGGUCAGAGGUUAAAGGUCAUCUACGGGUCGAGCGCCGGGUUCCACGCCAUUGACGUCGAUUCGGGGAACAAUUACGAUAUCUACAUCCCCGUCCACAUUCAGAGCCAGGUCCUGCCCCACGCCAUCGUGUUCCUGCCCCUGUCGGACGGGAUGGAGAUGUUGCUGUGCUAUGAGGACGAGGGCGUCUAUGUGAACACCUACGGGCGGAUCAUCAAGGACGUGGUGCUGCAGUGGGGCGAGAUGCCCACCUCCGUGGCGUAUAUCUGCUCCAAUCAGAUCAUGGGCUGGGGUGAGAAGGCGAUUGAGAUCCGCUCGGUGGAGACGGGGCACCUGGACGGGGUGUUCAUGCACAAGCGCGCUCAGAGACUCAAGUUCCUGUGUGAGCGCAACGACAAGGUGUUUUUCGCUUCUGUCCGAUCGGGAGGCAGCAGCCAAGUUUACUUCAUGACUCUGACUAGGAAUUGCAUCAUGAACUGGUAAAGAAAGACAGAAAGAAAGACAGAAAGAAAAGAAAAGAAAACGAAAAAAACAGGAAUGAAAAAAAAUCUGAAAAUUCCAACACCAUAUGAAACAAAACUGUUGAUUUUUAAAUAUGAAUUCAUAUAUCUGUAUAUAAAAGGAGCAAAAUCAAACAGCAGAAAGGUCCUGCAGAAAAUAAUAAUAAUCAGUUCAGAUUUGUACAGUUGAUUUUUUCUUUAAUCGGUCCCUGCAUGACCUGUUUCUUCUGGACAUUUAGGAAAUCGCUACGAUCAUUUCGGAAGCCAGCUGGGUGAC